CUUCGCUCCCAAGUCAACCCCCGAGAAGAGCAAGUCUCCUUAAAAGAGAUGGUGCUGUGGGCUUACCCACCAACGCCCAAACAACUCGCGGUGACCGUAGGUUUUGUAAUCGCCGGCGUAACCUGCUUCGCCGUUGGGGCCCACCUCUCCUUCGCCAACAUAGCCCCCCAACAAGCCCGCACCAAAGCCCGGGACGAUUUCGUCAAAGACCGCCUCAGAAAACUUCUUGACGAUUAA